AAAGCUCUUUCUGAUGUCAAAGGAUCAGAGCGUGUUAAAUACACUCCGAAUGAUAAGUUGGCACAUAUCUGUGACACCUUCUCCAGGGAUUCUAUUUCAAGACAAAAGCAUAGUCUGAUUAGACUUCUAGAGAUCAUUCUUCGAUGUGUGCAGGAAAGGCAGAAGCGCUAUCAAGAGGCAGAAAAGGACGUCCCAUUUGAAAGUGCGCUAUACAUGAUGUGUUUUGAUGUUUUAAUUAAAUCAGCCAGAGAUGCAUGUCAAGAAGAAAAAUUACAGGAUUAUCUUACAAUUCUGGCAAACCUUGUGCAAAGGCAACUCUGGGGCCCUGUUGAAGUCUUGGACCUUUUUAGUCUCCUCACAGAGAAGCUUGGAACAUUUGGAGUCUUUCGCCACAAAAUUGCAGCUGCCCUAAAAUUUCAAAGACAAAAUUCUGCGCCCUCAACCCUCACCUCAGUGGCCAAAAUUCUUCACAUGAUGGCAGUUAAUUCAGUGUCUUCAUCUUUUAAGGACCCAAAUGGAAGGUCUGUGAUGGAAAUGCUUACAUCUGACAGUUCAAACCUAUAUGAUGAGCUGCGAGACACUAUGCAAAUGGACAGAGAAAAGAGCCUAGAUGAAAUUCUUCAGGAAAUUCAGCAGAGUGGGGGUAUUGAGGCAAGCAUUUGUCAGAUUACAAGAGCAAUUGUGGAACACGUUGUGGCUAAUUGUCAAGAGGAUGUAACACCAAGAGUCAAUGAUUUGAUUGACGGAGGAAAAAGCCCAGAAAAUUUGAAAGGGAUCCUUCUGGCUCUUUGCAAAGCAGUACAGCAGACAAAGGAGCUGAAACCACGUCUCACUCAAAUGGUCAGCUGGUGCUUGCUUGCUUUGUCUGAAACAGGCCGUUUACUGCAACUUGGAACAGGAGAGGGAAAGUCCUGUGUGGUGGCAAUGUUUGCGGCAUAUCAGGCUAGAAUAUGCAAUAACAAUGUGGACAUUAUCUCCAGCUCUCCCGUCCUUUCCAAAAGAGAUGCGGAGCAAUGGCGUAAAUUUUACAGGGAGUGUGGCAUUACAGUGGACUGCAAUGCAGACAAAUCCAGUGAUGAGGAACGAAAGAAAUGCUAUGAAUCAAAGGUAGUGUAUGGCACGGUGGAGUGCUUUGCAGCAGAUUGUCUCCGCCAGGACUUUGAAAAGAAAGACAUAAGACCACAUCGCGGUUUUCAGUGCAUAAUUGUUGAUGAGGUGGAUUCCCUUCUGUUAGACAAAGGCAUACAGACAACCUACCUCUCUCAAGACCUGCCAGCUCUACAGCAUCUUGAAAUAAUACUGUCAGUGAUUUGGAGCAUGGUCAAAUAUGAUUUUGUCAAGAAUUCAGAGGACGACUGUGUCAUCCGAGGUCCAAUAAAACACUUCCGUGAGAUUUGUUUAGACAUUUUUGGAAACGGACAGGGACUGCUACAUGUCCUGGAGCAGGUUGAACAAGAACAGCCAGAGCAAGAGUUGGCUGAACAAGAAAAUGACCCUGUGCAUAUGGAAGAUGUAGAGAGAGAUAAAGUGAUUGACCUCUUCUGCAGGGUUGAGAAACUGCUAAACGUCCCUUUCUCCCUUUACAUUCAAGAUGGCGGUAGCCUUCUACAGCUAUGUCCAAAAAGUCAGAAUGGAGGAGUGCCCCUGUUGGUUCUUCAGGAUGGUCGCUGUUGCCAACUAUUUUUUGACAGAAAGAUGCUGUACGGAGUUGUUGAAAAAGGGGUGAAGAGCAGACUAGCCUACAAUACCGAAACAAAUUCAACCACAUCUGAUGCUGACACUGACCACCGUAUCCUAAUUCCCAGUUUUCUAGCAGAGCUGGUGAACCAUAAAUUAGGACACUGGAUACAGAAUGCAUUCAAAGCUCUGGAAAUGCAAGAAAAUGAAAAAUACAAAGUUGAGAGGGACUCUGUUUACCCAGUUGAUUUUGAACAUACAGGUGUAGUGGAAAGAAACAAAAAGUGGGGUGACGGCCUCCAGCAAUUCCUUGAGAUUAAACACCAGAGAAAGCUGAGCGGAAUGUCCAUAAUAACAAACUUCCUGUCCAAUGUCACAUUUUUCAAGAAGUACCCUGGCAGGAUCUUUGGAACAACAGGAAAACUCGGAAAUGAAGAAGAAAUUGGAGCUCUGAGUCAAGUGUAUGGUGGCCUCCUCAUAUCCAGGGUGCCUGCCUUUAAGCAAUCCAAACUAUUUGAAGAAGAAACCAUAAUAGUAGAUGAUGAAAAGUCAUGGGCAGACAGAAUACGUUUGGCUGUUCUCAAGCAGACGCGGCAGACUCGCUACAGAGGUGCCUGUGCAGCCCUAGUGAUCUGUGAGACCAUCAAAAAGGCGAUGUUAAUCAGCGAUGCCCUAAAAGAUCAAAUGGACGAGGAUGAAAAGAAAAUGCUGAAAAUAUACAUAGACUCAACUGAUGAGGCUGAUGUUGGUCCACGGCAGCUUACUCCUGGUGAAAUUGUAGUUGCUACAAAUCUGGCGGGACGGGGUACAGACCUUCAGGUGUGUGAAAAAGUCAGGAAUGCAGGAGGACCGUUUGUAAUACUCACGUUCCUGUCCAACAACUCCAGAGUGGAGCAGCAGGCGUUUGGCCGAACCGCCCGGCAAGGCACCCCUGGGUCUGCACAGCUUUGUCUGUGCUCUGAGCACUUUCCAGAGAAAGUUCAGCUUGAACUGCAAAAUUACAAAGGGCUAGAGUCGGGGAGGAUAGAGUCUGUGAAGAGAGCCCGAGAUGAUCUAUCCACUAUGAAGACCAUUGAUACACAGAAAUAUGACAUUCCUGUUGUAUCCAAAAGAGAAGAGCUUUUCUCUAAAUAUUGCAAACUUUUGGAUGAAGUGGAUGAAAACUUACAAGUUGAAGACUCUCAACAAAGACAAAUGAAAGCUGCUAUGUUGAACGAAUACUGGGGAAUUUGGUACUUAAUGAAGUCUGAAGACUUGAAUCACCACCCCCUUGAUAAAUUAAUACAUAGCCUCGGAGCUGACAUUAAACAGGCACAAGAGGAAUUCAAAAGAAAUAACUCACCCCAUUCAAGCAUAUACCACUACAUUAAAUUUGGCAAUAAGCAUCUUGUCCAAAGAGAGUACAGCAAGAGUAAGGAGCUGUACACCAAGGCAAUUGAUUUGAACCGCAGCUGGGCUGCGAUUGCAUACUAUUAUCGAGCACUAACGUUGCACCAAUAG